AUGCAGCUGCUAAGCAGCACAAUCGCGUUGUUUAUUCCUCCCAAGCGAUACACCAUGUCGCCCCAACAGAUUGCGAACCUGUACUGGUCGUCGGUCAGUCAAGAGGCACGUCGUGGAGAUGCUUUUUCUCGAGGUAUCGAAAAAACAACGGAUUUGUCAAGGGAGAUGAACAUCGCAAAGAUGCCUGUUGACUUGGAAAACCAGGAAGCAAGCGAAGAGGAGCAUGCAAGAUACCGGGAGCUCCGUGAGCGGCUCCUGAGCCUCGACAGUCAACGGCAGCAACGGCAACGGCGCCUUGAUCAGUUGCAGCAUCUUCGACGAUUACUCGAGCCAUUUGAAGAUCCCCAAAAGGAUAUUCAGCCUAAUCUUAUUACGAAUGAUGGAGAACUUGUUAAGGAAUUGGAGAAAAUGCGCAUGCUCGUAGCCAGAGUUGGGGAUCGGAUUGCACAGCAGAAAAAAAGCAGCGGUGUCCCUGAAACUUAUAAUUACUCACUUCCAGGCUCUGAUCAGAGAUUGGAAGCCCUGUUGGAUAUGCCUUGA